AAUUUUGCUACAAAAUAUUGAGUUUUUACCGUGUGAUGUUAAAAUAGAUGACUGGUAACCAUGGACGCAAACGAUUUCCUAGCGAAGAUCAAAGCGAAUAACAACGAAAAAGACUGGAAUGACUUAGCAAAGGUGUAUAAAGAUUACAAAUUGAUUUCAUCAAAGUUAGGGACGAAAGAUAGAGGUUCUCUCUCAUUGAACGUGCUUUGUUUAUUAUGCAGGAAUCUGGACAAAGCACCAUCAUGGCGGGACAGCAUAGACGCCAAAGAGUUAUUAACUUUGACCAUAGACUGCAUACGGGAGACCAGAGGAAUGAAUAAGGCUGAACAGGUCAAAACCUUGGCCUGUAUCUAUAAUAUACAUAGAUAUGUUGUUAGGAAGAAUGCACAAAUACCCCCAGAAUUAAUACUGAAACUAUCAUUCAUGGCUUUUGAAGUGGAAUCUAAGAAUCUCCUCAAAGAGUACUAUAAAACAUAUUGGAACAUCAUUGCAGACCGCCUCGUCUACAUAGAAAAAUUAAAAGGAAAAGCUAUACAUAAGCUUCUACCCAAACUAACUGAAGAUAUACUCAAAACUUUAGAUAUAUACGACACAGUACAAUUCUGCACCAAUAUAUUAGUAUUUUUGGUGAAAAAAAUGCAUUUUAUGUACAGCGAACAGUAUUCGGAACAACUAAACGGAUUUUAUUUGGAAAUUUUCGAGAAAUUAUCAAAGAAACCUGAUUUGGGAAGUUUUAAGAAGCUAAAAGAUAAAGAGUUAUUAGAUUUGUAUGUAAAAUUCAGUGAUUGUCUAUAUGUUAUCGCUGAGAAUUCAUCUAAGAAUCGUUUCAAGGAUUCGUGUUUAACCGUCGUUGUUCGUACAGGAUUGUCGUUACUUGGCCAUAGUCCGGACAUAUUCCACUGUCUCCAAACAUUCUACUUAAACUCAUUCUGUGAUAUAUUCGUUAACAAAACAACCUACACAGACACUAUAUUCAAAAACUUAGCAGUAUCAUGUGAAAUGACAGAAAAAUUGGGUUACAAAACAACCAUGGUAGCUACAUAUCCCUUCAUCGGACAGUUUCUAAGACUCUUCAUUGAAUAUUCAAUUAAUAAUUCAAUUAAAACCAAUUUUGUUCAGCAAAUACAAGAACAAUGCCUAACAUUUAUGUUGAAAUUAAUUGAACAAUUGAAAAACUGCGAUCAGUUGCUAAAAUGUGAAAAUUGUAAAGUAAAAUCCGGUCUGCACGAUGCUUUAAGACUCUCAUUUCUACUAAAACAUUUUAUUACCAACGCUGUUCAGAAUAAUUCUGACUUAAAUGUCUUACUGCCUUUAUACAACUCAAUAAUUCACAAACAAUAUGAAACUAUGUCCAUCUUAAAUAAACUUGGUUGUAUAAACUAUGAGAAAUGUUACCGCAAACUGCAAACGGAUACUCAUAACACAGCCAUACUGUUAAAUAAGAACAAAAAAUAUGAAUUUUCAAUCAAUUUAUUUGAAAUCUAUAUUAAAAAUGAGCUAAGCAACAAUCAAAUUGAAUUUGAGCGCAAAAAUGUGGCUCGAGCAUUCUAUAAUAAGAGUAUUUGUGAGUUAGACUAUAGUAAGCAUGAAAAUGCUCUCUUAGACGCAUAUUUGAGCUUAGUAUUUGCUCGAGAACUAAGCUCAGACAAGUAUAUGAGCUUGGUGAUGGAUAUAAAAGCUAAAGCCUUGAAAUUGGACGAGAAAAAUGAUGAUGAUGAUGAGGAGAAAAAUGAUGAUUUACAACUACUGUCAGUUUUGGAUGCGUGUAGAAUUGCCGUGGAGAAGAACUUGUAUGGUGAUUUGAAACCGUUUUUGAAUGAUGUUGAAUUCAGUGUACUUCUAAAACACGAGUUUACCAUGUACUGCAAGUUGUGGCCGUCUAUAGUCCCCGUGGCUGGCGUGUGGCAGUCUCUACACUCAUUGAUGAUUAAUGGUUAUGAAAAGUGGAUGGCAGUGGAAAACUCAGACACAGUACUAUGGCAGUUACUAGAAGUGGUCUCUCUCACGCCGGCCGCCGUCAGAACUAUACACAGCGAGUAUUUCAAGACUAUAGUCGAUGCGUUACUGGAAAGGUUGGAUAAUAUACCUGAGCCCAUCUCUUCAGACUACAGACUAGCACAAACAAUAUUACUGUGUCUGAAAACUGAGUAUGACAUAGCUGAAGCAAGCACUAAAUACGGAUGGAAAGUCACUGAAACUAGCAUAGACCCCGACAUAACUCAAGCCCAGCGUUCACUAUCACAAGAGCAUACAGCGCUACAGAGAGCCACACAAGCUGUGGAGAUAUGCACCGAGUUGUCAGCUGUUGUUGACACUGUAACACAAAAGUCCCUGCUACUCCCCUUGCUGCAUCUAUCACAAGUACUGGUGCAAUUGCUGCUGCAGUGCCGCCGCGAUGCACAUGCGCUGCAGCUGGCGCAGUGCUGCUGUCACAUCGCUGCACAUGUGGGGGACAAAGUGCUGCACAACUCCCUGCUACAGUGCUGCUACAGUGCUGCUGCAGUGCCGCCGCGAUGCACAUGCGCUGCAGCUGGCGCAGUGCUGCUGUCACAUCGCUGCACAUGUGGGGCACAAGUAAGUGUCUCUGUCUGCUACAGUGCUGCACGACUCCCUGCUACAGUGCUGCUACAGUGCUGCUGCAGUGCCGCCGCGAUGCACAUGCGCUGCAGCUGGCGCAGUGCUGCUGUCACAUCGCUGCACAUGUGGGGCACAAGUAAGUGUCUCUGUCUGCUACAGUGCUGCACGACUCCCUGCUACAGUGCUGCUACAGUGCUGCUGCAGUGCCGCCGCGAUGCACAUGCGCUGCAGCUGGCGCAGUGCUGCUGUCACAUCGCUGCACAUGUGGGGACAAGUAAGUGUCUCUGUCUGCUACAGUGCUGCACGACUCCCUGCUACAGUGCUGCUACAGUGCUGCUGCAGUGCCGCCGCGAUGCACAUGCGCUGCAGCUGGCGCAGUGCUGCUGUCACAUCGCUGCACAUGUGGGGGACAAAGAAACCUACCUCCGCAACGCCGGCGUCCUACUCUCCCACAUAGACAGAGCUACGCCGAAGCUACAAGAUAUAUUAGCUCAAGCUAUACAGUACUAUCCUACUGUUGUACAAGAUGACAGUAGCUUGGAGACUGCUGUCGUUUUUAUAUGUGAAGCUGCUAUAUACUACAGUAAGACAGGUUCUGUGGGUGUGGCCGCGAAGUUGGUGCAACUCGCUCAGACUAGAAUAUUGAAGGCGUAUGAGAAAACUCCUGAUGUAAAUUUGGACCUAGCAGUGGGUCGGCUGUUGGAAGCACAAAGUAUACUCUGCAACGACACAGGAAUAACCACACUGAGCGCUGUGAACAACAUACAAAGACAUUAUUUAUCUAUUAGUAAUACUUCGUCAAAAUGGCUCCCUCGUCGUCUUCGCAGUCUCGCGCAGAAGUAUCAUAUAAGUGUAGCAAGUAGCAACGCGGUAUCUACGUGUCGAGCGCUACAGCUGUGGCGUCGUUCCCGCAGCGCAUGUGCGGUGGGUGUGGCGGCCAGCGCCGCCGUCAUGCACGCGGCCAUGUACGCGGGGAUCGUUAAUGUCCAUAAGAUGGAUGAUGCUCAGGUGAAAAUCGAUAAUCGUCUAAAAUACAUCCUAGGCCUACCUCCGUCCACCGACCAACUUCUAACCACAACAGAACAAAAAGUACCAACUUUUGCGCCAAAACAGGACUUUGAAACGAUGUUAGAAUGUCAGACUUUCAAGUCCCAAGUCAGUCCGACUCGAAAAUACGUGUCCAUUCCCGGAUUUCAGACCCCAGAUUUCUUUAGACAUAAAUCUUGCAACUGUUUUGCGUGUGUCGAUCCGUAUUACGCCUUGAUAUCGUAUGUGACCAGUGGACUGGAAGCAUCAAUGUAUUUCAGAGCAAAUGAACUAGAAAUUGCUGGAAAUUAUUUCAAAGGAGUAAUAUCAACUUUUGGCUUUUUCGAUGCGAUAUUAAAAUCUGUUUUGAAAAUGUAUUCUGAUUUAGAUUUUGAGAAUUAUAUCAUAGAUUAUGUUAAGAGUAUGUUUGAAGACCAAUUUAGAAGGGUUAAGUUAGAAAUUUUGAUCGAAGCGUCGUUUUUUGAGCUGAAAAAUGGCAAUUUUGAUGCGGUUGAUGAUUACAUAGUUACUAUACAUGAGAUAGCUGAAGAUUUAAAAGUAGAUGGUUAUUUGAACAAUGAAAUCAUGAAUUUGAUGAUAGCAUCGGCAAGAGUGAGGAGUGUGGUCAAAAAGCUACAAUUUGACCUUGAAGCUGAAUUCGAAAAUCUCAAAUUAAGUCCAAAAACCAAAACGGAAGGAGAUAAAACUCCCGAAUCUAAAGGAAAACUUCCAGAAUUAUCCGCAAGAAAAGUAAAAGACGAAGAACUACCGAAAAGGCGAAAAGUCAUAAAACUGAAUCUAGACGAAAACAGCUCAGACGAAAAGGAGAUCGAAAAACCGAAACCCAGAAAACCGGUGACCGAAUUCAAAAUACCGGUGCCUGUUACCUCAAAACCGGUGUUAGAAACACUAACUCCGAGAACAACACGAAAACCGGUGAUUACCGUUACGGAUACUACCAAAACACCGAAAACCGAUAAAAAUGAUAAAUUAGCCGAAUUUUUCACUCCUCAAUCGACUCCCGAACAGUUUUUCACACCCCUUAACACUAUAAAGACAUAUUCUAAGUCUUUAAGAAAAGGUAUUGUAAAGAAUUUAGAACAUGAGUUUUCUACGCCAAAGACGGGCUCAGAGAAGGAGAAUGCCAAAGGCCUAGGGCUCCCGGCUCGGUCGGGAAGGAAGGAGGAGAAAGAUAGGGCUCUGCGAAGGGCCACGAGCCCCGGAAAACUGACUGAUAGUAAGACCCGGCCGCGAAGGCUUAGGCAACCUAAGUUAAACGAUGAAUAGUUUUAAUAAAUGUAUUUUUAGAAGUA